AUGUCAAGUAUUUGGAACGCAUUUGACGUUUACGAUAAGAAGAAACAUUCGAAGAAUUACGGUGUCUACGGCGGGAACUUCGCAAAUGUAGGAGGGAGGAAGACCGAGUUUUUAUAUUCUAGUGAACACCAUGAACAAAAGAAGCCCCAGGACCAGGACCCCAUGGUAGCGGAGAGACGAGGCUCUGAAUCUGAGUCCCUCAACUCAUCGGAAGGAGCUGCCAAAACUCCCAACAUGCUGGAUAUCUCCAACAUGUCACAGAACGAGUUCAAAAAACUCUACGAUGCUAUGAAGAAAGGUGAACCUGACAACAGAGUAAACCGCUAG